AAUUUAGAUUUAGGGUUCCUCCGCCAUUUCAUCAAAGCAGAACCAGAACCAGAACCAGCAAAGAUUCCUUCACACAAGUCGUUCAUGAUCAAGAAGAAGUUGGCCAAGAAGAUGAGGCAAAAUAGGCCCAUCCCUUACUGGAUUCGCAUGAGGACUGACAACACCAUCAGGUACAAUGCAAAGCGUAGGCACUGGCGUCGCACCAAGCUCGGCUUCUGAGGUGGAUGUUGCUUUGCUCAGGGCUCGUGCCUCAC